CUUUUAUUUGCUUCAGAUAAAGAAAUAUCAUUGAACUCCGGCUGAGUCAACAUCAUACAAUUAGUCAAGUCAGCCAUCUGACAAAAGAUGCUAUCAUCACUAAUUUUCAUUUCUACGUGGGCUUUUGUAAGGUGCCAUUUCACUCACGUGGUAUGUUACUCUCUGUCCUUUUUUCCCACAACAAAAAAAACAAAUAUUUCAUAUAAGUCGGCAUUAAAACCAGUGCAUUGGCAUUGACUUCCUGUGUCCAUUUAUUGGCAAGGCCUGUGCUUGCUGUAUCGAUGUUACACUUCUGCUAAGCCACAUCCUAGCAUUGAGUACACCACUGGGACGGAUCCUAAAGCCCUGUCAGUUAGUGCACGUAUACUUUAUGCUGUGUUUCGUGUACAGUCAGUGUUUGCACCAUUUUUGGCUUACACAAAGCACUGUACACUCCAUGUGAAGAUUAUUCACAGUUCCUGUUUAAAGCAAUGGAAACCUGAAAAAAAAAUAGAAAGAAAAGUACUUCCAAAGUUUACUGAGCCAGUCCUGCGAUGAUAACCAUAGAUCUGGCUCAGGACUUUGUCAAACCAACUUUGCCCAACUUGAACAAAAAAAAUUAUCCGAUGUUUUCUGUGUCAUUGACCAAAUGAUCAUGGUCUAAAAAAAAUUAAUAAAUCAAAAUAGUCCGAUGAUAUAUUUUUAUUGUGUAGCUGUUUAUUUGUGUUUUAUUUGUAACAAAAUACAUGAACAUGUACCUCAGCACGUACAAUCAAAAAGGGGUUUCCCCAACACUUUAUUGUAAGCAUGUCAGUACCAGUGCCUCCUCUAUCCUGUACGUAUUUGUACAAAAUAGCCCAAACGCGUCCACUUGUCUAUUUGGGGUGUUGUGUACGUGAUGCAAAUUCACCGGCAGAUUAUAUUGUACAUGCAGGAUAAUUCACGGCAUAUGAUACAUGUUACAUACAUUGUACAAGAGCCAAGUCAACUUGCGAACUGUGUGUUACGUGCAGAGUCAGCUCUGAACCAAUUGAGACAUUAAAACUAUAUGCACGGUACUGCUUUUGGCUGGUGGAUGCAUUACGGAUCAUACCAGUAAGACUGUAUGCCACGUCAAUAUGCAGUCCCAAGCCAUUUACUCAGCCUGUUCAUAGAAAUUGGAGGCGUUCUCAUGCAAAUAUUGUUUGUGUAUGAAAUUGUGUGGGUGCCUUUCUGGUGCAUCUGCUGGCACAAAAGGCAUACAUGUACAUGUACUUGUGAUUUGCCUGUUUUGUCUUUUGGGGUUAGGUCCAGAAUAAAUUUCCUUAUUAUGUCACCAUCGAAGUUAGACACACGUACGUGAACCAUUCUCAGUGGGAAAACCCUGUUAAAUAUUCAUCGGAUAACAAGCAAAAGCAUCUGUCUUGAUGUGGACUUUGUCCUGUCGAGAGCAGAUGUGGCAGAGUUAAGCAAACUGUUGCAAAAAUACAAAUACAUGUACAUCACAUGUACGUACACACAUUGUCACAGUUUUGCAUUGAUAACAGGCAUCAUCAUUACUCCAACAAGGUUGGGUGUGCUGCAGUUUUUACAAGUUUGUUUUUACCUGUACAUGACUGCUUGAUAAGUGUCCAAGUCAUACAUUGCACUGAGGGAUGAGGUUGCAUCUCCUGGCCUGCUUUCACCCAGCCUAGCAAAGGGCAUCAGCGUGUCUGAAGACAGUGUCUUCAGCCCCGACAAGCCAGCCCCUACCAAGGAAGAAGUCCGCACGUCUGCCGAGAUGAACAUUCCUAGUGGGUUUGCGAAUGAGCUCACAGCCAAGCUCAAGAGACGCUCUGGCAUAGAAGAUGAUGUACAGAGGACAGCUGAAGAGCCUGUGGCAUCCAGGGUACCAGAACACAAGCCUGUGCCACUGAAACCUGCGGCCAGGAGCAGUGAGAAGAGGAAAAGUGAUGGUAUCAGCAUGGAUGAUGAGCUUUCUUCUCGGCAACAGCGGCAACCACCAGCCACCAAAGCUAGGCGAUGGAAGAGCUUCACGGCAGCUAGCCAUGAGGAGAGAAAGCAGCAAGAGCAGGGCAAGAUCCACGUCAUUGCACCAGAGGACAUCCAAUUUGACGACUUCAACUUGGACCUCAUAACCAGCACCGGUCUACUCGAGAACACAGCCGCCCGGCAUCGCAUCUCAGUGGCUCCUAGGGCAAGAAGGACAACAACCAGACCUGGACACAGACCUUCCAAACGGCCAGUCACUACUCAUGAAGUCCCCCCCAAGCCUACAGAGACACCCAAGAGCCCAUUUACCAGUGACAUGCUAACCCCUGCACAGCCCGACACUGUCCCAAUAUUACCACAUGCUCCGGCCACGCCCCACUCCUUAAAUGCAAUCCCCAAUUGUAAGGAAAUUCCAGCAGUCAAACCUGACGAUGGGAAAGAAAAGCUUAGGCUGUUGCCGGAAGGGGGCCAUGACCCUGUGACCUCCCAAUCUGACUCCAGUAGGGACCUUGCUAGUUGGGGAAAAGACUCAGGGAGUCCAGAAAAAAAAGAAGGGACCACAGGCAUGACUGCCUUGUCAAGAAGACCAGGGAACCCCUUCAUGUCAGAACUUAGCACAGUCAUCAAGCGGACAGGUCGGUCCAAGACUUUGGGAUCACGCCCCAGUUCAUAUGAACUAACACUUCCCAACAUUCCCUCUACUGUUGACUUUUCCCAAGUCAUGGACUUGGCCAAGCCCAAACCUUUACCCAGGCCCCAUAAUCAGCAGAAAACUGGCCAGGCACUGGAAGAAACAAAAGAUGAACCGGGGUAUGUGAGCAUGGCAAAACGGCGAUCGCAAACCCUGGGUGGGGUUCGUUCUCCCCGACCUCUCUCCCAACCGGACAUACCUUUAAACUUGGGUGGAGAUCUGCUAGCCUCAAAUAAAAAAAAGGAAAGACUCCCAUAUGAGAAUCUGGCUUCACCAAAGCUAAACAAACCUGAUGCAAAACCUGAUGAUGGAAAGCUGAGUUUUAGUGGCGUCCAACUGAAACAUGUUGAUACGCCCCCCAGAAUACCACCUAGAUCACAGAAACAUGAUCAUAAAAUACAAGAAGAAACGAUUGACUUUGGAGUCCGUCUUAAAUCAACCAGUAGCCACGCAAAAAGUGUGGGUAACACUGAUGUCAAGCAUGACCUGGUGACCUUUGACUCCAAAGAAGAUGCAAGCCCUCUACAGCGUAACAGAUAUCAAAUGACUUGUGAUCCCACUCCCCCACCACGCAUUAAGAAACACAGAUCAGUCUCCACUGGCCAACGGCCGGUCUCUUUCCAACCUGUCGUUCCCCCCCAAACCACAAGGCCCACUGACACAAAACACCUACUAACCAGUCAUGACAGUGAUCCGGGGGCUGAAAAAGUGGCUGUGAAAGAGACUGACCCAGCACUAACUGGCCCGGCUUGCCCACUUGCUGCCGUGCCGGUUGAGACGCCGAAACAGCGGUCAAGCAGCCUUAGAGACAGUGGUGUUGAUGCUAACACUGCACUGCAUGUUAAGUCUCGUGCUGUGACUAUGCAUGGUGUGAAUAUGUUUGACAAGUCAGAAGCCUUAAAAGGCAAGAAAUCUCCCACAUCUCCCUUGUCGCCCAUCUCACCGGUUGCAUUGAAGGCCAAACCUGUCACCAGGAAGGACAGCAAAGAGCCAAUGCACAAGUUCAUCUAUGCCAAGAAGGAUGAAGCAAAACAGAGGGAGAAGGAUGAAGACACAAAGAAGGAGCUGGUGUCACCAGUCAAGGAGCCAGAACCUCCAAAGGAGGUAACAUCUCCUGUUGGAGUGUCCUCCCCAAAAGAAGUAUCAUCUCCAAAAGAGCCAGUGUCCCCCAAAGAGAUGCCAUCACCCAAACAGGCAACUUCCCCCAAGGCAGUCGCCUCUCCAAUUAGGUCAAAGUCGCCGACAACGGAGGAACCAAUGCCAGUGUCAGUCGGAUCCCCCAAGGAGGUAGCAUCGCCUAAAGCUGAAGCUGCAUCCAAGGCUGAGACUGUGCCAGUGAAGGAAAUAUUCCCUGAAGUGGUAUCAGCUUCAAAGGAGGAAGUGUCUACACCAGUGGAGGAAGUAUUGACUGAGAAUGUAGGAGCAUCUAUUCCAAAGGAGACAGUGACUCCAAAGGAGAUAUUAUCCCCAAAGGAGAUUGGUUCCCCAAACGACAUUGGUUCCCCUAAUGAGAUUAGUUCUCCAAAGCAAGAAUCUGUGGCAAAAGAACUGUUCCCUUCAGAGAAGAACCAGGAUGAGAAAGAUGAACAGCCUGCUCCAGCCAUGCCACUUCCAAUGCAUGAGUUGUCUUCGCCGACAGAGUCCAAGACAGAGGAAAAGGUUAUCGCAUCCAAAACUGACAAAGAGGAAACUGUGCCUCCACCAACACAGCAGAAACCCUCAGAGAGCGAAUUGUCAGAGAAGCCCAGCACUACAGUGAAGGUCAGAGCAGAGAAGCCAGCGGCACCCAGACGUGGUAACGUCCGGGCUAACAUGGCCUUGUUUGAACCCACCGCGGUCACUCCGGCCAAACCAGCCGUGAGCGACAGCAGCAGCGCUCCCCGGGCCAUGAAGCGCUGGUCCCUUGCUGGCAGUAAGCAGCCUUCCUUCGAAGAGGGAGCCCCAGCCGUAGCCAAGCCUGAAGAGAAGGCCGUCAACUCAAAUGCACAAGACCCUGAGCCUAAGAAGCCAAGCCAUAAGAAGCCUGUGUCCCCUCCCAAACCAAGAAAAGCCCCUGUGAACACCCAGGAGACACCAGACUCCCAGGGUGGUGAGUCACCAGAUGCUAAACCACUAAGCUUCAAAGAACGCAUGUCCAAGUUCCAAGGAAAGAGUAAUGUUACAGUGGCCCCCAAACCCUGGAAAACACGCACCACUAGCACCAGCAGCAAAGAAGACUCCAACAAGCAAAAAGAGGCCAACCAACCAGUACCAUCAGAAAAACAGGACAUCAUUCAAGUAGCUGAUAAGAACAAAUCAGAGCCUUCUCCCAGCAAGCCAGCAGACGACAGCCAAAAUGGGUCUCCUGUAGUUGACAGUAGCCAGGGGGAGAAAUCAAACGAGAAUCCUCCUUCAAAUCAAUCAUGCGAAAAUUCCAGUCCGGACAAAAAGGACAGCACCAGCCCAUCCACGUCUAGCAACGAGACCACACCUAACAAUAACACCACACCCAUGAAGGAAAAUGUUGAUCAAACCACUGGUGACAAAUCAACUCCAACCAACACCAGCACUCCAGCCAGGGUGUCCCCAGCCAAGCCCUCACCCAAGAAGCGUGGCUUCGUGCCUAAAAUUGAGCGCUGCAUCGCCUGCCAGCAGCCAGUUUACCUGACAGAGAUGGCCAAGGCCGAGGGUAAGACCUUCCACAAGGGCUGUCAGAAGUGUACCGAGUGCCACCGCACGCUGAUGAUUGGUAACCUGCAGCUGGUGGACGGCAAUAUCUACUGCAAGCUCCAUGGCACACAGAUGAAGAACAAACUCCUUAAACUCAGGCUCGAAAUUGAGUGAUCGACGUACGGAACCAAAAUUAAUUGUUCUUUUGAGGGCAUUUUGUACAUUUAUGCAAAUUGUAUGGUGGUGUUGGUGACAUUUAAUUACAGGGUCAUUGAAUAUCUGUGAGUGGAGGUGUAAAGUUAUGCAAACUUGGUGUCUUGGCUUUUCGGUUUGUGUUGACAAAAAGCUUUUCUCAAAGGGAAAAAACAUUUCAAGCAAGUUUGUAUAUAUGUGCUGUGUGGGCACAACUUGAGUGUCACACGGUGAGGAAUGGGUCACUUCUUGUAAGCUCAGAAAUCCAAGCCAAAUUAUGCCUGAGAGCCAGUUAAUGCCAACAAUGAAAUCUGGCCACAGCAACUCCUAUAGGAUCACAUAAAUGUAUAUCCUUUUCACAUUAACCAUUGAAACUGAAUCGCCCACUUCUCAGCGCACUGUUACACAUGUAAGUCUUUUGUGUACACUGUUCAAUACUCGCAAUUGAGUAUUAAUGCUGACUCUUACUUACUCAAACAUGGCUUGGCCAAGCCAAAAUGUAGUUAUUUCAGAACAAUUGUACUGAAAGAAUGCCUGUCCCAUUCAUUGUGCAUGUCAGUGCUCAGUCAAACCAAGGCCUGAUAUUUACUGCAACUAGAAUCUGUAUUGGAAGAGUUUGUGAUAGCAAGACCCAAAUUUACCGAGAAAUAGUCGAAUAUAGAGUUUCAAAAAUCUACAAAGUGCCAUUUUGAAGAUAUGACAUUGUCAGUUGUUCAGAAAAAUAAGCGCUCAAUUCUUAGCCUGUGAAAUUUUCCAACACGACUAAAUUAACUGUAUUCAGAACUCAUUCAAUGAAGCACUUUGGGUUUUUUUUUUCAGCUCAGCAAAUGUAGUAUUCCUUCAGCAAGGUAGAUUUUCUCCUGGAUGGCAAAUCUUUAGAACUCUGUGAGCUAGCAUAGAAGUAUCCAUGGAAAACAAAAGCUUUGUAUUCAAAACUUUUUCCCCUCAAAAUAUCUGCCAUGUAUUCUAUUUUCCUUUCUACUUCAGACCUUCUAGAUUCUCAUGCCAAAAUUCACUGGAUGUUAGUUUAAUCAUGAUUCAGUGUUGCCUUGUUUACUGCAGAUUUUUGAGUCUGCAGACUUUAGCAGACUUUAGGGGAAUUCAUUUUGAACACAAGACAUAGUCAAAUGUUCCCCCCCCCCAAAAAA